ACCAUAAACAUGACAUCACUCGCCCCCAUAACCACCCUCUCUCACGCCUCCGAUACCCAUCUCAAAACAACCCUCGACCUUCUUUUCGAGCCCUCACCCCCUCUUCAUGCCCUAGCUCUACCCGUCCUGAAAUCCACCGUCUUCCCCUCCUACACCAUCCUCGCCAGCGCCAUCCAAUCCCAACUAAUCGCACUAGCCUCCUCCUCAGCGCCCGAAGACGCGCAGAAGCUCUCCGACAUCUUGUCUUCGCACCCGCGGCUAGGCGAGAAGAAAGUCGAGAGUGCCCAGAGCAGGGCUGAGCAGGCUCAGCUACAGCAAGGUGCCGAGGAGGAGAAGCAGCGACUUGCCGAGUUGAACAGAGAGUACGAGGAGAGGUUCCCCGGCUUGAGAUAUGUCGUCUUCGUGAACGGCCGUCCUCGUCCCAUCAUCAUGGAGAACAUGCGGGCACGCAUAGACCGCGGCGACAUCCAGGCCGAGCGUUUGGAAGCCAUCCAGGCCAUGUGCGAUAUAGCUAUCGAUCGAGCGACCAAAUUGCAGAAGGACUGAAGAUUUGUAAAAAAAAAAUAAACAUGAUCUCCUUAUCUUUUUAAGGUGGUGUGUGUGUGUGUGUGUGUGUGUGCGUAACUAUUCUGAGGACAAUAGUGUAUGUCGAGACCGUAAGGAAACUCCUCUUAUUUACACAAUAUGCAGCCUCUACGUGUUGCGCACAGACUACCGAGACUCGCCGAUGUAAACAUGUAUACGUUAAUGUCUCACAAAUGAAUAGCAGAACAGACGACAGUACUGACAUAUCUAAAAGCAAGAAACAUGAAGAGAAACUUGUGAACAAGACUGCAUGAAAACAUGGCGGUAUGCACAUGUGUACAUGUACGACAGAUUGAUUCAAUUCACAUGUACGUAUAUAGAAAUCAGAAGCACUAUAGUCCUCCCGGAAACUUUUGCCUAUCCGAUUCCCAGACCCCGAGAACUU